UCGCAUUGCUUUCAAAUACCCAAAACCGAAAACAGCAACUUUCAAACUCCCCAACUUCUCUCUCUUAAAAAUCCCUUCCGUUUUAUUCAAAAGAAUGAUUUUUUUUCUCUCUCUCAUGCGUUUCUUCUGAGCCGGAGGAAGAGCCGAAAAUGUCGUCUGGGUUUCCAGGCAGUGGGCCGGACUUGUACGGUGGUGGUGGUGGUGGUCUUGCCGGUAGAUCCAUGAACGGGAACGCGUCACAGCCGUCGUAUCGAUCACAAUUGCCUGGGAUUUUCGUGGACCCAGCUACGCAGAUCGCCAACACCACGGCUCAAAGCCUCAUCGGAAAACGAACCUUCGCAGACUUUCAAACGCAGCGACAAUUACAACACAAUACCCUCAACAAUUCAACACUUAACGCCAUGUUUCAGCGCUCAGUGAAGCCGAGACCGUUCCAGAAUCUCUCUGCGAUUUCUCCGUUAUCUCUAGUAGAGUUUUCGGUUAAUAAUAUUUUGUCUUCAGAUUUGCACCGUUACAGCUUGCCGCUUCUUCAACAGAAAUUAAGGCCAUAUGAACAGCAGCAGCAACAAUUGGCUGUUGGGCUUGUUUCUUCUGGGUCAAAAGUACAACAAAUUACCUCGAAUUUGCCUUACGUGAAUAGUAUUAAUAAUAAUCACAAUACGGUGCAAAACCGAGUUCAAGCGCAAGAUUCGGAGAAGAAGAUGCUGAAUUGUCUACAGGAGCUUGAGAAGCAGCUGUUAGAUGAUAACGACGAAGAAGAAGGUGAUGCGGUUUCAGCGAUAACCAAUACUAACAGUGAGUGGUCCGAGACUAUACAGAAUCUCAUGAGUCCGAAAUCCAUAUCUGGGAUUUCUUCGAUAUCUUCUGCUUCUCCAACUUCGUCGUCUUCAUCGCUGGCUUCUCCGGUUUCAAGUUGUUCAAAACAAACUGUAACAGAAGCUGCCUUGGCGAUUUCAGAACGCAAAAACGACGUCGCUGUGGAAAUCUUAACUCGGUUGAGUCAGGUUUCCAAUUCGAAAGGCAAUUCGGAGCAGAGACUGAUGGAAUACAUGUGUUCAGCAUUGAAAUCGCGAGUUAACCCUGUGGAGAAUCCACUGCCUGUAACGGAGCUUUUUUGUAUGGAACACGUUGAGUCGACUCAGUUACUUUACGAUCAUUCUCCUUGUUUCAAGCUUGGGUUUAUGGCUGCAAAUCUUGCCAUUAUUGAAGCCGCUCUCGACCAACCAACAAGCAACAAAUUUCACGUUAUCGAUUUCGAUAUCGGCCAAGGAGGACAAUAUCAAAACCUACUGCACGCGCUCUCCACGCGUUCUCAAAGUGGCAAACCUUGCAUUGUGAAGAUCACGGCUGUGGUCGAGAGUGGCCGUGAAGAGAGUUUGAAUGUCGUCGGUAAUAAGCUGAAGCAAUACGCUGACAAAGUUGGCGUUUGUUUAAAUUUCAAUGUCAAGACUUUAAAAGUCGGCGAUCUGACUCGUGACUCACUGGGUUGUGAGCCAGACGAACUGGUGGCUGUUAAUUUCGCAUUCAAACUGUUUAGAAUACCUGACGAGAGCGUGUCUAUGGAGAAUCCUCGCGACGAGCUUCUCCGUCGAGUUAAGGGAUUGUCACCGCGCGUGGUUACUCUAGUGGAACAAGAGAUGAACUCCAACACGGCGCCGUUCUUGGCCCGUGUUAACGAGGCCUGUGCAUAUUACGGCGCAUUGUUUGACUCAAUUGAGUCCACCGUACCCAGAGAUAGCUUAGAUCGAUUGAAGGUGGAGGAAGGACUCGGCCGUAAACUCAUUAACUCGGUUGCUUGUGAAGGGAGGGACCGUGUCGAGAGAUGCGAGGUCUUUGGAAAAUGGCGGGCUCGUAUGACCAUGGCUGGGUUCGAGUUAAAGCCAAUGAGUUCAAACAUCGCCGAGUCAAUGCGCUCUUGGCUCAGUUCCCACCGAGUGAAGCCAGGAUUCACCGUUAAAGAAGAAAACGGAGGCGUGUGUUUCGGUUGGAUGAGUCGAAACCUCACCGUCGCAUCUGCUUGGCGUUAACUGCACUCACUCUCUCUCUUUCCUUUUUUUUUUUUAAUUAAUUUCUAAUUUAAUAUUAUUAAUUAUUAUAUUUUUAACGUUUUCAUGAGAAAAUGAAGAGAGAAAAAAAAAAACGGAAAAAGCCCACCAAAGGAUAUAAUAAAAGGAGUGUUUGGAUUUGAGGAAAAUUCUCCUGGCUGUUGCAUUUUGGAGUAUCGUCACGUGUGUGUGUUGCACGUGCGAAUUGUAAUAUGUGUAUUAUUAAAUGUUUGGUAUGAUUAGGAUGAUUCUCAUUAAUUAAUAUUAGAAUAAAACUUUUAAUUUAUAAA